AUGAGAGGCGGGGUCACUGUGUCAUUAUGGCAGGGUUGAAUCUUCAUCUUAACAGACUGGCAUUAGACUUUGAAAGCUUUCGAAGAUCAGCAACCCUGGAAGUAAGAUCACUAAACUAAGACAAACCAAGUUUGGAAAGAAGGCCACAGCUCUUCACCACCUGCAGACAAAUUCUACCUGUUGCUUUCCUUGAAUUUGACUCACAGCUACAAGAACUGCCAUGGAUGGACAAGGAAAGAUCUUGGAUAUUGCCCUGACAGAUAGCACCUACUUACAGCUCAAUGGUUCCACUGAUGCCAGGACCUCUGAUGAUGGGAAGACUGUGAUAGGUGUAUACCUCAUGCUCCUGGGCUGGCUUUCAUGGCUGGGGAACGGAGCAGUAAUCUGCCUUUUGUGUAGACGCAGGCGGCCGUUGGAUUCCCAGGAUCUGCUGACGUUUAACCUUGCUGUUUCGGAUGCUGGAAUCUCUAUUUUUGGCUACUCUCGUGGAAUUGUGGAACUGUUCCAUGGAUUAGGAAAUGACUUCUUGGUCACUUCUCUCUGGACAUGCAACGUUGAUGGCUUUCUGAUCCUCCUCUUUGGCCUGAUUAGUAUUAACACUCUUACAGUAAUCAGCCUUCUUCGUUAUGUCAAGGGAUGCCUGCCACAUCAAGCUCACCAAGUGAAUAAGCACGGCGUCUCAGUGGUUAUCGUUGUCAUCUGGAUCUCUGCUAUUUUCUGGGCUGGAUCUCCGGUUAUGGGCUGGGGCAGCUUCACAGAACGCAAGUACGGUACUUGUGAAAUAGACUGGUCUCUGGCUAGAAGCUCCACACCAUACAAAUGUUAUGUUAUUGGUGUCUUCAUUUGGGGUUUCUUCAUUCCAGUGACCAUCAUGGUCUUCUGCUAUAUAUCAAUCAUCCGGUCUGUUCACAAAAGUCACAGAAACUCCCAUGGAGGAGACUGCAGUCAACGUCAACUCACCAUGGAAAGAGGCAUCACCCGGGUGUCCUUUGUUAUCUGCACAGCGUUCCUGCUAGCAUGGUCUCCGUACGCUGUAAUAUCUAUGUGGUCAGCCUGUGGUUACCAUGUACCAGCUCUCACCAGUGUGGUGGCCACCCUGCUUGCCAAGUCAGCGAGCUUCUACAAUCCCAUCAUAUACUUAGGACUCUGCCCAAAGUUCCGACAUGAGCUGCAGGCCUUGCUGUGCUGCAUACAUGAGAAAGACCUGUCUCUGGGUGGUGAGCAAACAGCGAUGACAUAUGAAGCAAAGAUGAGACAGUCAGAGAGCUUCAGUCUACACAGCAGGACGGCAGAGGACAAGACUGCAUGGGCCAAUACUACUUCACCACAAGCCUCAAAUGAAGUUUCUGAAAUUGAAAGAAUGAGGAACAGAUAUGCCAGUGUUGACGUUGGUAGUGAUUGUGAAAUCCCACAAAGUGCAUGUACUGUAUAACUGCUUCCUAGUGUAUGUAUGGGAUGCGGUCAAUUUACCGACAAUCAAAAUCCCGACAACCAUUGACCGAUGGUCAAAAUCCCGACAAGGUCAAAAUCCCGGCAUUUAAUAUGUCGACAGGUCACAAAGUCAACAUGAUUUUUUAAUUGAAACCGACUUGUUCAUACUUUAUCAUCCCAGUGGACCCAGAGGGGGAAUAUUAUAGUGCCUGAAGGAUGAUGAGCGCAGCGAGCUGUGUGAGGGGACGUGGUACUUAUACGGUGUCCAUGUUGACCAAUGUGUCCAUGACAUACCAAAAAACAAUGAUAAACUCGUGUCGACUUUUUGACUUGUUGACAUUUUAAAUGUCGUAUUUGACCUUGUCGGUAUUUUAAAUGUCAGUAUUUUGACCUUGUCGGGAUUUUGACCGUCGGUCAAUUGUUGUUGGUAUUUUAACCGUUGGGAUUUUGAUUGUAGGUAUUUCAUACUAAAACUGUGUGUAUAGUUAUAUCAGUGCUCUGUUAUACUGGGAUCCCUAGACACCUGAUCUACAGUAUUUUCAUCCAUUAUUGUUAUAUAUUAUAAAGUCAAUGACAACUGCGUGCAAAUCAACUACUUUAAAAGUUAGCAGUCCCUGAUCCACCUGCUCGAUUCCUGCUUGCUGCUGCAUGUCUGCUCCCCCAAUCCUCAGAACUAAAGACCCAAAGCCUGACCCAGCUCUAACUGCAGUGCAUCCUACCCUAGCCAAAACUGCAAUCUGGCAGCAAGCAAGUCAGAAACUGCCUCACCGGGACUUAUCCCCAUGUACGUAGAAAAAUAUGUCUCUGCUCAUCUAUUUAACAACAGGCAAUAAAAUGUAUUGUUUUACCUGUUCAUUUAGGUUGGUUGGGCUCUGCUAGUGCUUACAGUACCUGAUUCCUAUCACCACCUGUAGUGCAUACAUGGUACAUGUCCAGAAGCCAUCAAUCAUAAAGGUGUUUGCACUGAUUCUGAGUCGCAUCUCC